UUUCUCUGCAUCACCAAAGUAAAAUCGUUCUGACAGGUGCAUUACAUUGCAGAAUACUCUUCGUGGUUUUGCCGGUAACUCACAGGAUUCAAGAUGAGUUGUCCAUUCAACGAGGAACAGCUGGGACAGCUGAAGAUGUUCAUAGAAAUUUGCAAAAGCCAGCCUCAGGUCUUGAACCACCCUAAAAUAGCAUUCUUCAAGGAUUACAUUACUUCGCUUGGCGGCACAAUACCCGCGGCGACUUUUGGUGCUAAAACGUUUACAGCAUCUGGAGAUAGUGUUCCGCCGUCAAAUGAUAAUGCUGAAAAGAUAUCUUCAUCUGAUGAGGACUCGGAGCCUGAGUCAGAUGUUGAGCUGGAUAUGGAAGGUAUCAUAGAACCAGACGUCCUAGAUGAUUCUCAAGUCAUGGGCGACCAGUCAAAGGAGACCACAGACGAGGAAAGGGACCAAUCGGACGAGAAGAGGUCUGCGGCCAUGAGGGCGUUCUCGGAGCAGAACUUUGAGGAGGCCAUCAAGUUGUACACUGAGGCUAUACAACUGAACCCACAGAGUGCCUUGCUCUUUGCCAAGAGAGGACAGGUGUAUCUAAAGCUGAACAAACCGAACGCGUGUAUCAAAGACUGCACACAGGCUCUGGAACUUAACUGCGACAGUGCUGCUGCGUACAAAUUCCGCGGGAGAGCGUAUAGGUUGCUGGGCAAGUUCGAGGAGGCAUCUCACGACCUGUGCGAGUCGCUGAAGAUCGACUAUGACGACCAGACUAACGAGUGGCUCCAAGAAGUCAAGCCUAACGCCGAGAAACUGCGCCAGCACAAGCUCAUCAUGCAACGCAGGAAGGAGGAGAAGGAGCACCAAGACAAGGUCCGUCGCGCCCGGGCGGCGCAGGAGGCGCGCGCGCGGGCCGCGCAGGCGCACGCCGACGCCCCGGGCUUCCCCGGCGGCGGCUGCCCGGGGGGCUUCCCCGGAGCGGGCUUCCCCGGGGCGGGCUUCCCCGGCGGGAUGCCCCGCGGCGGCGGCGGCGGCGGCAUGCCCGACAUCGCCAGUCUCAUAAGCGAUCCCGAGAUUAUGACGCUCAUUCAGGACCCAGACGUAGCCAUGGCCUUCCAAGACGUGUCGUCCAACCCGGCCAACUUCGUGAAGUACCAGAACAACCCCAAGGUGGCCGCUGCCAUUGAGAAGCUGCAGAGCAAGUUCUUCAGCGCUGCUGGCGGAUUCGGUGGCGCAGGCGCCCCCGGCUCCGGGCCUCAGCCGCCGGCGGACGACGACGUGGGCCUCGACUAGGCCCCCACUCCAGCUCCACCCCGCCAUCGCACGGUCGGCUAGGCCCCCACUCCAGCUCCACUCCUCACCCCUGCCAUGCCGGCCGGUCCAAGGGGCGUUUUAUCUGCUGCACAUAACCUGUUAUAUAUUCAUUAAUAAUGUGCAUUUACAUCGCAUGCGAUUAUCGGUGCCGUCUGUGGCACCCCUAAAUGUGUAUAAUUAUAAGGUCGUGUAAUGACCGGUCAAAUCGGCCAAUUAUGAAACGGCAAACCGAUUUGUUACUAUGGAAUUGGUAUGAGAAAAGACAACUUGUUUAAUCCCAAAAUAAGAGUCAUUUUUAACCGACUUCAAUUUCAUAUUCAAUUUAUUGUAUAAAAUUACCGCGGUCUAAACGCUCCAAGACCCGAUUUUUCAUAGUAAACCCUAAUGCAAAUAAUUAUAUUAUUAAUGUAUGAUAUGAUAUUUAAAUUUUCGAAACGCGAAUACGUCGUCCUAAUAACUAAGUAUAGACAUACAAUAUUUUUAAAGCUUCUAAAAAAUAAACUUACUAACACUAGUGUACACUGGAAAACUACACUAUUUUAUUUUACGAUGCUGUUUGGUUUAAAAAAAUUAACACAUUGAUUUUACAUUAUGGAUUUAUUUACAUCAAUAAUAAUAUAAAAUUCUGUGAAUUAUAGCUUAUAAAUGGUUAUACCUCUAUUAUACUUACCAAAAAAAAUAUGAUAACACAAAAUGUCGAUGUAAACUUACGAUUUGACACAUUAUUUCUACUAAAACAGGAUUUAACACGUAGAACAUAAAAUAUCUCGCGCCAUUAGGUAAUAGGGUUUUGAGAUGUUAUUGAUCUCAUGUACUGCAAUAUCCCAAUUUAAAAUCUAUACGGGCGCUAAAAUGGUUUCCCACAUCAAAUACUAGUUUUUAUACUAAACAUAAAACACUAUAUGUCAGUUAACAGUGGACAAUGGUAGGGAUAAUUUACUUUAUACAUGAUUAUCUCCCGUUUUACUUUUAAUAAAUACGAAACAACUUAUUUUUGGGCGUUUUCUAAAAUAAAUAUUGAAAUCUGAUUCUCACAGAUCCUGGUGUUUUUGGGUUCUUUUACCUCAGAACCACUAGCAUAUAUUAUUCAAUCCUGAUUACAAAUCCUGAAAGAAACAGGUUUUUAAUAUUUAUUUUAGAAAACGCCCAUUUAGGCGAGUGGUAACAGAUGUUAGUGGUGCUUGAAUAAUUCCACGUAUAUCUAUUCAUAAUUAUGCAUUUACUAAUAUGUAAAAAUCUUUUACGUACGAUUAAUCAAAGCUGCGUGUUAAUUUAGUGUAAUCCAAUUAGUUUUCACCAGCUUUAAAUUUUUCGAGUUAGUUUAUAUAAUAAGCAACUUUUUAAUCUAGUUUCACUUUAGAGAAAGUCUGUUGAAAUUCCAAAGUAAGUUUUCUAAUCAUUACAAUUACUUGAUUAAUUUUAAAGGUAAUUUUGUUUUAUUGUGCUAGUUAUUUUUAUAUUAAAUACUUGAAUGAAA